AUGUCUUUCCUUGUGAAGUUUAUCGACCCAGAAACCCUUGAUGCAAUGAUGGAAUUACCAAGAGUCAUUGCUUUAGAUUCAACAAAAUUAAACGCCGAAGGGAUUUUUAACACUUUUAAUGCAUAUAUGACAGAAAAGAAAAUUCCCUUUAAAAAUGUAUUAGCUGUUUCUUGCGACAAUGCAUCAGUUAUGAUUGGUGAUUUAAAUUAUUUUAAGACUUUUACGCUUAAAGAAAAUCCUUCAAUUUUAUUUAUCCCUUGCAUUUGUCACAGACUAGCUUUAGUUGCAAAAGAUUCUUGCAAGAAAAUACCUGGAUAUAUCGAGCCACUUUUGCAAUCGAUUGUACGUCAUAUGAACAGUACAAAAAGAUUAGAAGCGUUCAAUGAAAUCAGUUCUUCGGUUCAAGGAACAUCCAAAAAGAUUUUAGAUUUUGCAAAAACUCGAUGGCUUGGUCGACACGAUUGUAUCGAAAGAGUCCGUGAAUUGUACCCCUCCCUUUUAUUACAUUUUACGGAAUUGUGUUUCUCGGAAAAAAAUAAUGCAAGUUUUCAAAAAAUUAAAGUUGAAUUAGAUGACCCAAGAACAAAAGCAUAUCUAGCGUUUUUGCAAUACGUUUUAAAAAAAUUUAAUGUCAUAAAUUUAUUUUUUCAACAUGAAGAAACUAAAGUCCAUUUAUUGAAUUCAAAAUGUAUAACUUUUUUAAAAACAAUCGCCAGUCAUUUUUUAAAGUCCGCUUUGUUACGCGAUUUAGCUCAUAGUAAAAUAGAUUUCCGUUCAUCAGAUAACCAAAAACCCUUAGAUAUGGUUGACUUGGGACCUGAUUGCAACGAUAUAAUUGACGAAUUGUCCCAGAAUCUCGAAGCAAACACUUCAGUUAUUCAAGAGAUUAGAGAAAAUUGUCUAGCUUUUUAUGUUGAGACGGUUUCCCAAAUUUUGGAUCGUUUAUAUUAUAUUAAGGAUGAAUUUUUUAAAAACUUGUCUGUUCUUGACUUAUCUAAUACCGACAUAGGUAGUAGUUUCGAAAAAGUCUCGUAUUUGGCAGACAAAUUUGGACUUGAUGACAAAGAUGCAUUAAAAACUGAAUGGCGCCAGGUUCUACGCAGAUUUUCUUUACGAGCAGAGACAUCCUAUAGUCUUAUAACAUUUGAUGAAAUGUGGAAAGAUAUCCUUUCUUGCAAAAAUGUGGAUGGUAACGUUAUUUUCCCACAUUUGAAAGUUUUGGUAGGGUACAUUCGUUCCUUACCACACUCCAACGCAGCUGCUGAAAGGACAUUUUCAUUGUUGCCGGACAUUUCAACAAAAAAAAGAAAUUCUUUGUCUAAUGAAUCUAUUAAUGCAUUAGCCGUAGUAAAAUCGGCUAAUAAAUUAAAUACUUCAUUAGCAAAUACCGAAAUGACAGAGGAUCAGCUGUCUUUAAUGUCUUCGAGUAAAUUAUACGAGCCGCCCAAGAAAAAAACACAUCUUUUAAAUUUCCAUGCAGACACUACCGACAAUUAUGAAGACAUAAAGGUAUUCGAAGCCGAAUUGAUAGAUACCGUGCUGUACAAACAAUGGACAUCGGUAGAUCGAACAAACUUGGAAAUCAUUCAAUCGACAGGUGAAGAAUUACUGGUAAAACUGGAAACAAAACUAAAAGCAUUGGUCACGCAUGCGUUCAUCGCUCAGCAGCAGUCAGCUUAUUUUUCCGAAAGAAAGGAGCAGUUGCAACCAGGAGAGUGUUUGGUAGUGUGCGAUUUCGCGGAAAAUUACGCAUUUGAAAUUCAAGAUGCAAUUCAGGGAGUGCAUUGGAACAAUGACCAAGCCACCUUACAUCCUUUCGUUGGUUAUUACAAAGAAGGUGGCAGAAUGAACCAUAAAAAUUAUAUUGCGAUUUCCGAAAGUUUAAAACAUGAUACCGUCGUCGUUCACCUUUUUCAAAGAAAUUUUGUAAAUUUUUUGAAACAAUAUGUACCAGGGUUGAAUAAGAUCAUCUACUUCUCCGAUGGAGCCAGCGCACAAUAUAAAAACAAAAAGAAUUUUUUGAAUGUCUGCCUUCAUGAAGAAGACUUUGGGGUUAGUGCCGAAUGGAAUUUCUUUGCCACUUCACACGGAAAGGGACCUUGUGAUGGUAUAGGAGGGGCCCUGAAGAGGCUAGCAACUAGAGCCAAGGUAUUCGAAGCCGAAUUGAUAGAUACCGUGCUGUACAAACAAUGGACAUCGGUAGAUCGAACAAACUUGGAAAUCAUUCAAUCGACAGGUGAAGAAUUACUGGUAAAACUGGAAACAAAACUAAAAGCAUUGGUCACGCAUGCGUUCAUCGCUCAGCAGCAGUCAGCUUAUUUUUCCGAAAGAAAGGAGCAGUUGCAACCAGGAGAGUGUUUGGUAGUGUGCGAUUUCGCGGAAAAUUACGCAUUUGAAAUUCAAGAUGCAAUUCAGGGAGUGCAUUGGAACAAUGACCAAGCCACCUUACAUCCUUUCGUUGGUUAUUACAAAGAAGGUGGCAGAAUGAACCAUAAAAAUUAUAUUGCGAUUUCCGAAAGUUUAAAACAUGAUACCGUCGUCGUUCACCUUUUUCAAAGAAAUUUUGUAAAUUUUUUGAAACAAUAUGUACCAGGGUUGAAUAAGAUCAUCUACUUCUCCGAUGGAGCCAGCGCACAAUAUAAAAACAAAAAGAAUUUUUUGAAUGUCUGCCUUCAUGAAGAAGACUUUGGGGUUAGUGCCGAAUGGAAUUUCUUUGCCACUUCACACGGAAAGGGACCUUGUGAUGGUAUAGGAGGGGCCCUGAAGAGGCUAGCAACUAGAGCCACUGAGCAUUGUGAAAAUGCUUGUGUUGUAGGCGGUGAUCCCAUUCGAUGCAUAGACUACAAAACCGGAGUAGUCGCCGCUGAAGAGCCCGAGGAAGAAGCAGAUGAAUAA